AUGAGGGUGCUUGCUGCCCUCACUUCGGUCUUGGCAUGGGGAGUGGGAAAUACCAAGCUCUUAGACACAGACGAUUGGAGUCAAGAGAUCAAGGCCGCCCAAGAUGCGGGUAUAGAUGCCUUCGUGCUGAACAUGGCGAACAAAGAUAGCACAAACGACAUUGCAUUGCCCAAAGCUUUCUCCGCGGCCGAUGCCCAAGGCUUCAAGCUUUUAUUUUCAUUCGACUAUGCCGGCAACGGCCCCUGGGACAAAUUAGUGGUUAUUAAAAUGAUCAAUGAAUACGGCACCAAGGAAACCUACUUCAAGAAUGACGGGAAGCCAUUCGUUUCAACCUUUGAGGGACCCAACAAUGCAGAUGACUGGAAGGAAAUCAAAAAGCAGACAAACUGUUUUUUCAUGCCAGAUUGGUCAUCCGUCGGUGCCCAGCCGGCCGUUCAUCUGGGUGACGGCAUUGCCGAUGGCCUAUUCAGCUGGGACGCUUGGCCAAAAGGACCAGCCAACAGCACAACCUAUCCCGACGCUUCAUAUUACGACUUCCUGGGUUCAAAGCCGUAUAUGAUGCCCAUUUCUCCAUGGUUUUACACCAAUCUUCCAGGAUACGAUAAGAAUUGGCUGUGGCGUGGCGAUGAUAUGUGGUUUCAACGCUGGCAGCAGGCCAUUUCCCUCGACCGCCAGCCUGACUUUAUCGAGAUCAUCUCGUGGAAUGACUAUGGCGAGUCACAUUAUAUCGGCCCCCUGGAUGAUCGCCAAUAUGAGGCUUUUGACAUCGGCCGAGCUCCUUUCAACUACGUCAAAGAUAUGCCCCAUGACGGAUGGCGCGAGACGCUCCCAUACUUCAUCUCCAUGUAUAAGACAGGAUCCGCCCUGGUCGACCAAGAGCGGCUAGUAACAUGGUAUCGAGUCAACAAAAACGGUGCUUGUUCCGACGGUGGCACCACCGGCAACACGGCAAACCAGCUGCAGCUUGAGUAUUCGCCAAAUGUUAUGAUGGAAGACAGGAUCUUCUAUGACGUGCUUCUCACGGGCGAGGCGCACGUUGAAGUCAGCAUCGGUGGCACUACUCAAACUGGUGGAUGGGACCAGGAACCCUACGGAAACAUUGGUCUAUACCAUGGCAGCGUACCAAUUGGGGCGGCAAGCGGCCAAGUAGUGGUGACAGUGAAAAGAGGAGAUGAUACUAUUGCCACUGUCAAAGGAGCUUCCAUCACCAGCAAUUGUAAUGCAGGACUCAACAACUAUAAUCCUUGGGUUGGAAGCGCUAGGGGCUCCAACAGCAUCACCCCGAGACGAACCCAGGUCGACCUCGCACAUCUGCAGUGCAUCAAAGGCUUCGGCGUGUAUGACUUUAUCGGCGUCUGCGACUUCGCCUGUGCAAAUGGCUACUGUCCAAGCGCUGCUUGUACUUGCCUCAACAAAGGCGAAGCCAAUGCCCCCAACGAGACGGGAGUGGUGGGAUAUCCCCUUCCUGGUAAGAGUGGCUCCUUCGCAGGGCUCUGCAGCUUCAAUUGUAAUCAUGCGUACUGCCCGGACUCGGUUUGCGGUACGACUCCUAGUAAUGGAGUCGUCCUGGGCUACUCGCCUUUUUUACCUCCAGCAUGUACUGGUGGAACCGGUGAAGGCGCCUUUCAGGGCCUCUGCAGUUUCGGUUGCAAUUUUGGCUUCUGUCCGAUGCACGCUUGUACAUGCACGUCAAGGGGUAUCCUUAUUCAACAACCCCCCAAGACGGAUGUGACUGGAUACUUUUUGGACUCGUCCACAAAUGACCAUGGUCUAUGCAAAUUUGCAUGCGAGCAUGGCUACUGCCCCGAUAUAUGUGGUAGUCGAUCGAUCGACCCGAGCGGAAAUGACAGCUGUUAUCCAACUAUCACAUUGGAUCCAGUUGUCUGGCACAGCAGAACAGCUCAAUGCGUGCCACCCUGUGUUCUCGUCAUCCCUCCAUCUACUCUAGGAUCGACGAUCACACUCUCUUUUGAAGACUUGCACACUCAACUCGAAGUGGGUUGGACGGCGACAGACACAACCAGCGGGAGUGUGAUAUCUCACUACACUGCCACAACCGUGAGUGUGGUUGUUCCCAUUCCCCCGAUGACCGUGGAUGUCAUCAGCUUCUCGGAGGAGCUUAUACGAGCAUCAGCCGGUGGUAUGAUCCCCGCUGUGAUCACCCCGAGGCCGAGUAUCAAGCCGCCACCAUUGAGAAUCACGCCUAGUGUGACCGGGCUACCAGUAUCACCCAUAGGCCGAAUGAUCUUCCCACCUCCGUGGCCAGGGACUGGAUCGGCGCCGUUACCAGGCCCCAGCGGGACUCCCCCCGCGAACAGAACUACCAGCCCUAUUGCCGCUGUUCCAACGGCUGAUGGGUCAUCACCUACCACCGUGUUUCCUACCCAAACUGUAAGUUGGGUUCAGCAAUGGGUUCCAGAGCCCACAGUGACCCAGGUGGGUGGCGGUCCCCCUGUUCCUGUCAUCCCAUGCUGGGUUUGGUUCAUAUGGUCAUGCCCCCCUAAUGUUGGUGGGAUCGUUCUGUCGGGUUUCGAGAAGCCAGGUGUCUACCCAAUAGGAGGCCCACCACCUCUUGGCCCAAACCCACCCCCAGGUCUGACGUUGAAGAUUCCGUGGCCUGAAAUCACCAUCGGCUCAGAUAUCAAGCCCAAGUAUCCGGUUUCCCCAGCACCAGAAGAGACCUUCUGCGAGACAGCAACAGCAAGCGUGUGUACCACAACUCUUUCAUAUGGCAUCGUGGACAAGCGGGCCAAUGAAUGGGCAACUCCAACCCCGACACCCCGAAUCCCAUUUAUAGAGCUUCAAGAGCUCAACAAGCAGGCGGUCACCACCACCUUCACCACCCUCUCUUUUUGCAUCAAAGUGACGGGCUGUGGUGCAAGUGAUAUUACAAAAACAACUGAAAUCGAAACUAUUGCCACAAACAACCCCCGCGUGGUCAUUCCUGUGGAUCCCCAAAACGUGGGCGGUAUCAGAGCUCUGCUGCAGAAGGAGUUCACAGGCUCUUCGAAGGAUCUGUUUGAGUCGAGAACGGAUCAGCUUGGAACCAUCUUCUUCUUUGUUCCAGCUCUGACCGACGACCAAACCGCUACCAUCAGCGAAGACAGGGAUGUUUUGGAAGCCUAUAUCCCGAAGGGUAUGCUGACCCGCGCCUAUUGGGGAACGUAUCGCGACCCAACUGUGGACAAACCAACGUACACAAAGGAUGAUGACUGGCUCGGAGAAAGCCUGAAUGUCACCGUGAAUGAAAUGCGAGAGCGUUCCAUUCUUUCAAGGCGAUCUGAGAUUGUGCAGUCAGAUGUGUUGGACCAGAUGGUCUUGUUGUCUUGGCCCCCCAUGGGACUUGUUGUCCCAGCAGUUGGGCAAUACAGGUACGAUUCGUCAGCAGGCGAGGGCUCUUAUGUGUACAACAUCGACCCUGGUGCCCUGCCAACACACCCAGAGUUAAGCGAUGUGACUUUCGACCCUCCCCUGUUUCCGGGUCCAAACCCUGUGAGUGAGUGGAUGGAAAACGACGAAAAGCGACAUGGGACCAAGUGCAUUUCGAAGGCAGUGGGGAAGAAACUCGGCAUAGCGCGCAAGGCGACCGUUGUGGCAACAGUCUGGGAUUAUGAACAGGCCAUUCUCGAAAAUUACAUCGAUGCUCUCGUCAAAGUCCAUGGCGACAUCUCUUCAAAGGGUCGAGGACCCAAGAGUGUUGUCAACUUGGCCAUCUCGGAUGCUUAUUUGCCGCCAAAGAUGCAAGACACUAUGGCCUCGCUGAUUCGAAGUAUCAUGGAUUUGGGGGCUGUGGUUGUGACAGGGUCUGGAAAUCAAGCAGGCUACCCUUACGGCUACCCGGCGCUUUUUGGAGACCCCAACAACAGCAACUACAUCCCAGAUCUGAUUGUCGUUGGGGGAGUAGACGGUUCAGGCGCGAGAUCCCCAGAGACAUUUUCUGAAGCAGACUGGAUCACCUGCUGGGCGCCUGGCUUCCGCCUGUGGGUGGCCACAUCGCUAUUUGUAGAGAGCUCGGUGGUCCCUGAAGGAUACGACAAAGCUGAUGGAACAUCAUACGCCUCUGCAACGGUCGCGGGUCUAGUGGCCUAUUAUCGCGGUCUUGAUCCCAGCUUGAACACAGCCACAAGUGUGAGGCGGAGAAUCAGGGAGCUGGCAUACCGCCGAGAGGCGCGACCCAAUGCAGGAACCACAUAUCCAAACAAAGUGAUUUGGAACGGCCAAAGUUGGGGAGAAUCUCUCGUUCUGCCGUGUGGCCAUGACUUGAAAACAAAACGGCAGGAUGGAGAAAAUACCUGUUCUAUCUCGUCCCCACUGCAGCCACCGUCGAUUAACUUCGGGUCUGGUCCAGCCCAGCCACUUUGCGCCGGCACUGGCUGCGGAGUCAGCUGCGCGGGCUUCUUUUGCUUCGACACGAGCCUCAAGCGGAACCCAGAUUUCCAGGACCCCCGCAACCCGGACAGCGUUCAGAAUCCGGACAGUCCUUACUGGAAUGAUUGGAACGGGACCAUCAGUCGUCCCGAUCCAACCACAGAGCCUCCGACCAAAACCACCCACACAUCGACUCCAACCUAUUCCAACGUCCCGGUUGGAGGCAGCUGCAGCUCGACUGAUCAGUGCAUGGAUGACUGCUUGGGUACAAACAAUCGCAUUGAGUGCAGUGAUGGUACUUGCAGUUGUAUCGAGGCGGCGCAGCCCAAGGACACUCCGCCGCCUGUGGCUCAGUGCGGUGGUAAUGUCGACAGAUGCACCGACGUGUAUGCAUGCCGAGGUAGUGAUGUGAUGAUCUGCGGGCCACUUCCUGAUUCCAAUGGGUUUGAUGUCUGUUACUGUGGAGCAAAGAGCAGACGACUGGGAUUUUGA